AUGGGCCCAAAAGAAUCUACGCUUUCACCUGACCAAGUAAUAGAAAGCCUAAAAGAAAAGAUAGACCAAUUAGAAUUGCAAAAAGAUAUAGAAACGCUGAAAUACUCGAAUCUACAAAUAAAGAUUGGGUUAGGCGAGAUCAAUGAGACUAUCAAUAAAACUAAAAACAAUCAUGAAGUUAACGUAGCAAUAAGGGCCAAAGGUAAGCUAAUUGGCAUUGUAGAGCAGCCAGAGAAUAGAAAUAAAUGACAAGAUGCAAUUAAUACGGCUAAAAAAAGAGUUGAUUAUUGUGAUAGUGAAUGCCAACAAUUUAUAUGGCAUAAUUCUAAUGAAGAUGAGGUAAACGCAGCACGAAGAAUUAAAAGAGCUUUGGGAAGAGAGUAA